AUGUGGCGCACCGUCCGCACUGGCGAACCUCAAGUCAAGUUCAACAUGUGGCUCGAGUGGGCGACCGCCCUUGUGACCGGACACAACGAACGCGCUCAGCUCGAACUGCUGCUGCGGUGGCUGCGCGACGUCACCCAAGUCACUCCGAAGGUCGCCCUCGCCCUCGCCGUCUUUCAGCACAUCCCGGGGCCCUUCCAGAAGCAGUGGCUUUUCUGCGAGAUCGUUGCCAACUCCUGCGGAAACAACGGUGGAUUCUGCAACUCCACUGAUGAACAGCUGCACCAGUACGUGCUCGAGCUGGCCACAAAACACGGCGUCUCCGACAAGGAGAAAAUGGGCGCCGACCCAACCGAGUACCAAAAGGCUCUUGAAUUGAUCAAGACCGAAGGUGGCAUCUCGCAGUUUGUCAUGGACACGCUCUUCGAAAAGGUCAAAUCCGCCGACUCAGACACCGAAGUCUUGCAAUCGAGAAUGCACCCUCACUCCUGCGUCAAUGCUGAUGGUCUGCCCGAACUGUCCGACAAGUUGAAGGAUUUGCGAGAACAAGUCCUGAACCUCUCUCGCCACCCAGAGCUUGCGCUCCCCCCGCCCAGCAAGGAGCCCCCUGACUACUACGACGCAGAUGGCGCUGGAAAGUCAUUGGAGCAGAGACGAUACAUGCAGAGGGUUGACAAAGCGCGAGAAAAGGCGGAAAGAGAUGGGACACCUUACAAGCGCCCCUACAAGCCCAAGCCCAAGAAUCAGGCGUGCCCUCAGCCUGAGAGCAGCAGUUCCGGCCAAUCAAGCCGUGGAACUAAAAGGCCUGCUGAAGAGGAGGCAGGUCCUUCGAGGAAGGCUGCAAAGGGCAAGAGUGCGGCUGCAGCGCAGUCAAAUGAUCAAGAGCUCGCACUGGUGACUCUGAGCUUGCUUACUCCGGCUGGACAAACCGAGUACCUUCAUGACAGAAUUAAAAGUGUUGACGAAGAAUUGAGAAAAUUAUGUGAAAGACUCAGUAUGGAGCCGCCUUUGCCACGACCGUAUCCGAUUUUGGAUGCCCCCUUUGCGGGGGACGCCGCCCCUGGGCCGAUGAAGAGCAAACCAGCAAAGAAGCUGGCCAGGGCGACUGGUCCUUACCCUAAAGGAACCCGAAGCUCCAGCAGAGCUGCCGCCAGGGCGGCCAAUCUCAAUUUGAGCAAAAUCUUUGAAGCCUCCGAUGCUCUCAUGGGCGCCGCCCCUUCACCUCCUGCUAGUGUGGCUGCGACCCCUGAAGCCUCGCCGUCUCCAGCACCACCAUCUCCGGCACCGCCGUCUCCUGCACCACCAUCUUUGGCACCGCCGUCUCCUGCACCUUCUCCUAGCAGAGCCCUUGACGCGGCCGCCGCUGCCAUUGCGGCCCCUGCUGACCCCUUGGCACCGACUGGCUCCUGCGCCGUCCGCGCCGCCAUCUCCGGCACCAGCCUCUCCGGCAGGCGACGACACCCCUGCUGA